CUGCACCCUCUCCACUGGCCGUAGCCGUUGCGUCGCGUCGUCGCUCCAGUCCCGACUAAUUUUCCCUCCUCAGUGUUUUUCCGAGUCGCGUUCCGAUUUCCACGCCUGCGUCCGCGGUUUUUCCCCGUGACCCGCUGCGCCCUAAAGUGAAAUUAAUUGCGUCCCGUUCGUUCGGGAUUAACACCCGAUCCCUCCAAUCGCCCGCUCAAAGACAAAUGCGCCCGACGCGGUUGGACGUCGGUGAAUUUUAAAGUUUUUGAAUUGUUCCGAUGGAAAAGUGAUGGAAAAGAGUGUAGGGUUUCUGUGACCCGAUCAACGAGAGAAUUUUCAUUCGACGAAGCUGUGUAAUGUGAGCGUUAGCAGCCAUGGAAUAUUGAUACUGCGUUAUUUUUGGAUACAAUUGGCAAGAACAGGAAACAGGAUCAAAAUGAUGAACGGAAUCCGAAGCGAUUACAUGGUAGAGCGGUUCGAUCAUGGACCAGAGAUAAAAUACAAACGCAAGGGUGGGAUUUUCAUUUCCAAGCAAGAGAUUUAUCUGCUGGUCGCUUUAGUAGCGGUCAUAGCGGUUAUAUCAGGAAUGAUCGGCCGGUAUUCGGCAAACAAAAAUUGUCGAGUGGCAACGAGGCUAAUCACGCGAGCACAUCGCAAAGAAUUAGAGGAGUUCAAUCUAAUUCGAACAGCUACCGCACGACUGGACUCAGCUGUGUGGCCAAUUCACUAUUCGAUCGAGCUGAGGCCCGUCCUGGAGGCCAACUUCCCCGGAGCAUUCAAUUUCACCGUCGAAGGAAUCGUGAAAAUUAUGCUCGAAGUUCGGAGGGACGUGAACCAAAUCAAGUUGUACGGGAAGAAUAUAUUCUUGAAGCAGGAGACGAUUCUAAUUACCCACGACAACUCUCAGAAUGGAACUUCCAUCGACGAAUACAUUAACGUAAAGUCCUUGGAAUACAACAUCGAGAGAGACAUUGUGAACUUUCAUCUCAAUGCCACUUUGAAGGCGGGGCAAGUUUAUGAGCUGAGCAUAUCUUUUAUGAACGGAAUUCAAGAAACUCCACGAGGACUUUUCAGGAUCAAAUACUCAGACCAUUUAACAGGACAAGAUAAGUGGAUGUUGGCGACCAGGUUUGAUCCGAUCUAUGCCCGUCUGGCUGUGCCAUGUUUCGACGAGCCGAAAUUCAAAUCCACCUUCCAACUAAAAGUUCUGCGCAUGAAAAACGCUCGAGCGAUUUCAAAUACGAAGGUCAACUCGACAACCGACUCAGACAUAAGUGACUACGUGUGGGACGAGUUCGGAGUGUCGCCCCGGAUGUCAACCAACUCCCUGGGUCUCAUGGUCUUGGAGGCUUCAGCAGGGUGUCACAGCGAUUCGGGCGAGAAACAAGAAUUCAACGUUUGGUCCCGGGAUACGAUCGACUGCAAGUCCACCCUCCACGACGCCGCCAAAAUCCUAGCAUCUCUCGAAGACUACCUUGGCAUGCCUUGUCCCGUGCCGAAGAUCGAUAUAGUUGUCGCCCCCAAGUACCCGCAGAUGAACGCCGACAUUUGGGGACUCAUCGUCCUCCCGGAACGGGACACGACGCAACAAGUGCAGAACUCAACGAUUCGGCAUCAACAGAUGAAGUUCAGUCUUGCGGAGAAGUUGGCUCAUCAGUGGUUCGGCACUCUGGUCACGACGAGCCAAUGGGCGGAGUCCUGGAUCAACGAGGCACUCGCUAAUUAUCUGCCCUACUUGACGCUCCGAUCCGUGGAGCCUGAAUGGGAUUUGGUGAGUCGCUUCCACACCCAUACUUUGUACCGCGCCCUACACAUAGAUAGCGACAAUUCAACAUCAGUUGGGCUUAAUAAUACCAUGAUAUCAACGGCAUCUUAUGAUGCCCUUGACCCUCUGGCUUCAUUUAAAGGCGCUUGCAUAUUGAGGAUGCUCAACAUGAUACUACCGGACGCUGCUUUCCAGAACGGAAUUAAAUCUUACCUAUCAACGAAGCAGUACAACGUUACGGAGCUUGACGACUUCUGGUCUAGUAUCGAGAACCAAAUAAACGAGACUGAGGUGAAGCAAAUAUUCGAGAAGAACCAAUCAGUCAGAGAUUUCAUGCGACCAUGGAUUACGAAUCCUGGAUACCCGGUGCUGACGGUGACUCGAAACCACACGAAAAACAGCGUUUUGUUGUCGCAGAAAAAAUUUUCUCUAUCUCAAGAAAACUCUAGUGAUACUUGGAGCAUACCCAUAACUUAUACCAAAAAAUCUGAAGGCAACUUCGCUGAUUUAAGUCCCAAAUUUUGGCUUAAUGAGGGUCAAGUUGAAGCAGAGCGGACUAAUAUAACUUUUGGAGAGACUGAAUGGGUUCUCUUCAAUUUAAAUCAUUCAGGGUUUUACCGAACGAACUAUGACGUUGAAAACUGGGGUUUGUUAGCCGAAGAUUUUCUACAGCUGCCCGCGACCACGCAAGCUCAGCUGAUGAACGAUGCGUUUGCUCUUGCCCGCGCAGAAUUGUUGAACAUCACGGUGGCGUUGAACCUAACGCCAAAAAUGCAGAAGAACAAAAAUUACGUCACCUGGUUGGCUUUUCUCGACAACAUCAAAUUCAUCAAGUCAUUAAUAGAAGACACAGAGUCCUAUGAGGCAUUCCAGGAGUAUUUAAAAGCUCUGAUCCUUCCUAACUACCUCCAACUGACAAAAUUCACCGACUCUGAACUUCCUCAAACGGAUGUUUUACUUCGAUCAAAAUUGACGGCUUGGGCUUGCUCUCUCGAGAUUACAGACUGCGUCAAUAAAAGCUUGGAUGAAUUUAACCACUGGGUGCUUAUUCCUGAUGCAGAGAACUCUACCAUACCAAUAGACUCGGACUACCAAGACACGGUAAUCUGCACUGCUUUGAGGAGCUCGACCAGCGCUUUGCGACAAAGUAACUGGAAAUUCCUGUGGGACUACUUCCGCAAAUGUCACCUGGCCUCAGAUCGCGCUAGAGUCCUCAGAAAUCUCAUGUGCACUCCAGAGCCGAGACUCAUCAAAAUGAUGUUGGACAAGACAUUUUCAAAUGAAACAUUUUUACAAGAUGAGGAACUGAACGUGUUGUGGGACUCAGUUUCGUUCCGGUAUCACACGGUUGACGUGGCUUUUGAUUACGUCCGCGAAAAAUGGGAUCUCAUUUUCGAAAAAACGAACGGAACGAGGAACUCGCUGCAGGAGACCAUUCUCACCUCAGUAACAAAAGGCUUAAACAGUGAACUGCAUUUACGUGAUCUGCUGGAUUUUCAAGAGACAUACGCGGCCAACCUGUCCGACGCAGCUGUGGCUGCAAUUCAAGAUGGUAUCGACGAAGUCAGACGGAGAACAGAAUGGCGGGCCACGAAUCUGAAUACGAUAACGAACUGGUUGAACAAGGACAGCAAGCAAACCUAGAACAGAGCUCCGACUCUUUGCCAAGAAGUAUUCACUUGAUGAGGCGGUGUCUCUCAAGAAAGCCUCUGUAGGUACCGUGCAUCAGUCAGGGCUUCGGUUUAAUUCGCUGCUCAAACGUAAAUUUUUUUAAAAAUAGUUCUACCCAUGCUCAACAACUCCUUUCGAAUAAGCGAUUGUCUUGAAGGCAAUAAUCGGGAGCAGGCGACAAUGCGGAUUUUCAAACAAAGAUGACUCCUGACGUACAAUUCGAUGGUCAAAAUGCAAAACCACAUUUAUAUCCAUUGCGGUGUUUCCAAAUUUGCCGCUUUUGUUUUACUUUCCCGAAGAGUUACAAGCAAACUUCCACAUUAAAUUUAAUACAGAAUUGUUUGCUGACAGGAAUGAAAACCUUUGAAUUUUUGAGAAAUUACGUUGAAUGGCUUUCCAAAGGAAAAAUUAAGGAUGGAUACAAGAUUUUCGGCGUUUUUCGGAAAAAGUGGGGACAUAAAUUGUACAUCAAUACACCUAUUUUAUGAACGGCCUCCAGUGCUCUCCAGAUAUCAAGUAAAUCAGAGGGUUUGACUCAAAAGUGGAAUAAAAAUAAAAGAAAUCAUUAAUUGUGGCAAAGAAAAUUGGGUAUUUUUGAUCAUACCAUGAAUCAUGAUCAUUCCUACUCAUUUUGUAGUUUUUGAUUAUUAUACCUUUUUUCAGAUCCUGAAGAAACUUAGUAUUAGAAAUAUCAUACUGUACUGAAAAAUUGACGAGUAGAAUAGAUAAACCUUCUACUGCUUGAAAUUAUAUCAAGGGAAGUGAAAUUGAAUUUCCUAAACUAGAAAGUUCAAAGCUUAGUUUCUUAAGAAUACCUGUGCUACUAUUGCUCAACCUCUGCAUCAAAGCCCAUUUUAAGUUAGAACUGUCGUGAUGCGCCAAUAGGAGAGUGAGACCAGAUCAUUAGGUGCCUAUGUAAGAUGAUUGAAAGCUUGACUAUUCUUAUUGUAGGUAAGUACACUUGUUUCCUUUGAAGAUUUUUGAAUAAUUAUACUGUUGUAAUGAUUGUUACAA